CGGGCUCCUUGACAGUCCACAAAAGAAACGUACUUGACCGCAUGUGCCUAUUCCACCUUCUGACCUGGGAACCUUGUACACUUGUGCCCCGACCAAUCGAUACUUGAUGAAAACGGUUUAACACAGGCCUACCCCCAGUGAGAUUUGUUUUUUAAUCCAGACUUCGCCAGAAAAAAAAAACCCUCUCAAUAAUAUGGGAAAGGGAAAUUUUCAUUUCUUAACGGUUUGGAUAAUUUUGGCACAAAUUCUUGCAACUUUUUCUUCCAACACUACUGUCGUUUAUGACAACAGCACUGUGACUGCAACUCCCGUGCCCACUUCCGAUCAAUGGCUGUUAGACUACACCGGCAUCGUAUCCAAGUUCUCCCUGCGCACAGCGGAGGAGCCGGAGGAUGACCUGUGCUACAUUGUCCCCGGAGAGCGGGACACCAUAACGGAGUGUGAAUUCAACCCAGAAACGCAGACCUUCGUCAUCAUCCAUGGUUGGACGGUCACAGGGAUGUUUGAGAGCUGGGUGCCCAAGCUGGUGUCGGCUCUCCUCAACCGGGUGCCCAGUGCUAAUGUGAUCGUGGUGGACUGGCUGACCAGAGCCAACCAGCACUACCCCACCUCGGCCGCAUACACCAAGCUGGUGGGCGCGGACGUCGCCAAGUUCGUCACCUGGAUACAAAAUGAGUUGCAGUUGCCCUGGGACAAGAUCCAUCUGUUGGGCUACAGUCUGGGGGCCCAUGUGGCCGGCAUUGCUGGAGACCUGACCAAGCGGCAGAUCAGCAGAAUCACAGGGCUGGACCCGGCUGGGCCCACCUUCGAGCACGCCGCCAACGAGAACAUCCUGUCCCAGGAGGACGCCGCGUUCGUGGACGUCCUGCACACCAACACCCGGGGCUCGCCGGACCGCAGCAUCGGCAUCCAGAGGUCCGUGGGCCACGUCGACAUCUUCCCCAACGGAGGCACCUUCCAGCCCGGCUGCGACAUCCAGAACACCCUGAUGGGCAUCGCGUCGGCGGGCAUCAAGGGCCUCCAGAACAUGGACCAGCUGGUGAAGUGCUCCCACGAGCGCUCCAUCCACCUGUUCAUCGACUCGCUGGUCAACGCCGACCAGCAGAGCAUGGCCUACAGUUGCAAUUCGCAGAGCGCCUUCAACAAGGGCCUCUGCCUCAGCUGCCGCAAGAACCGCUGCAACAACCUGGGCUACAACGUCAAGAAGGUGCGGUCCACGCGCAGCACCAAGAUGUACCUGAAGACCCGCGACAUGAUGCCCUACAAAGUAUUCCACUACCAAGUGAAGAUGCAUUUCUUCAGCGAGAAAAAGCUGAGCUUCACCGAGCAGCCCUUGAUGAUCUCUCUGUUUGGAACGCACGGGGAAAGGGAGAACAUCCCCUUUCAAAUCCCGACCCUGGAGGGGAACAGCACCGUCUCCUUCCUGCUCACCACGGACACGGAGAUCGGGGACCUGUUGAUAGUGAAACUGCGCUGGGAGAAGGACAACUUCUUCAGCUGGUCUGACUGGUGGGGCCGGAGCAAGUUCCACAUCCGCAAGCUUCGCGUCAAGUCCGGCGAGACCCAGUCCAGGGCGAUCUUCAGCUCAAAGGACGGCGAGUUUGCUUUCAUGAUCAGAGGCGGUGAGGACGCAGUGUUUGUCAAGUCAAAAGACGACAACAUGAACCGCCAAGAGAAGCGGAUGCACAAGCGGAAAAUGCAAGGCACCCUUUUUGGCCAGAACGACGCCUAACUGUCCGUGAAUCUACUCCCCACUGCAAAUCAUCUCUCUACACACAGAGCCAAAGAAGGACAGGAUCAAGCAAAGGAAAACUCGCACACAUUCAGGAUGUUGGCGUUGAGAUGAAGAUGGCCAGUGUUACCUCGCCAACCCCCGAGUUGAACUGACCGUGUCCUCCUCCAUUUUCCUUCGGGACAAAUGUGCUCCGUUCGUGCUUUCUUGUCUGUAUGACUUCCUUUCUACCUUCUACGUCCUGGACAAGUGUGAGAAACGUCCUCUUAAAAUGACAAUACAAUGUGUGCGACUUCAAUCUUUUGAGUAACUUCUGAAGCAUAUAUUUUGUAGUCAUUUUGUUUAAAGCCUGUGUAGCCACUCUGUUUUUUUUAUACCAUUUCUUGAUGAUGUGUUUUGUGUACCAUGUCAAAUUGGUUCAUUUAGAUAUGAAUGAUUCAGAGUGGUAGACAUCCGCACAACUGUAUUUUAUAUUGUACACGCUGUAGGAACAUCUCUCUCUUUUCAUGACCACUGCCAACAAUCAACAGGGACCAAAGAUGUUGCUACUAUCCACUGAAUGAAACGAGCAUCACACUCGCUUCUGUAAAAAGAUAGUUUGUUCCCAAUCAGUAUUACAUACAUAUAUAUAUUUUGAUAUAUAAAUAUAUAUUGAUAUGCAAAUAUCCCAUUUUUUUUAAUCAUUACUUACUGGUUAAGUGCAUUUGGUUAUUAUGUUUGGCACUGGUCACUUUAAUUGCAAGCUCCCCUUCAAGCUGAAAUAUCCCAUAUCCUUUGCAAUGAUGACUAGAUGGAUUCUGUAUUUUUUGGCGAUGGACGAUCAAAUUGAAACACUGUUUGCUGUGAGAAAAGUAGGUAAUAUGGCUUGUGCUAAUCACUGUGAUUACCAAAUGCAUCCAAAUGUAAUCUAAACUAGUUGAACUUAUAUAAAGCACAAUUGACAAAAACACCCUCUUUGUCUCUGAAAUGUUAAACUCGGCUAAGUUGUUCAACGUUUUCAAACAAGCCGUACAUACCUGUGAUGCACUGUCCUUCAUAGCUUUUACUUCCCAAGAAUAUUUCAUAUUCUAUUUAUUGAAUGUACCUGUAUAUAUUUGUAUAUUAAGCUGUAAUAUAUUUUGACAAGUUGA